AUGGAAAGCGCAGACACAGAUUGCUAUGGGAAUUUAGAUAGAUAUUUAACAAAAACUUCAGCACGUCAUGGGUUUCAAAAUCAUGUCUGGGCCGUUGAUUUGAAUUGGUUCUAUACGACGUGGACGGAGGAUCUGGAUUCUCUUAGAGAUAAGAUGAGAGUGAAUAUUCAAUUGAUUCCUUCAAGAAUGUUCAAUAGAUGGAUGGACAAAAUGGGAUGUUUACGGAGGGUUGACUCAAGAAAUGGCAGUGUUGUUGACAUGCAAGUUUUAAGGAAUGAAGGAAAUGGAAAUAAUGCAACUUGGCGGUGCAACUAUUGCAAUGUAACCUUUAAAGGUUCUUAUUUUAGAAUAAGAAGUCAUUUAUUGAAAGAAAAGGGAAAUGGAAUAAUUUGUUGUUCGAAAGUGACCAAUGAAUAUUUGACUGAGAUGAAAGAACUUGAUAUGAUUGCUACUGACAAAGAAGGGCAAGCAAAGCUCGUACAAGUUCCUUUUCCGAAUGGAACUAUAAGUUCGAAUCCUCCUAUUGAUAUGAGUAAGAAAAGAAGAGAAAGUGAUGGACCUUUAGCAAAGGCAUUUAAUAAUGAGACUAGAGAUCAUCUAUCAUCUGAAAUAGCUAGACUAUUUUAUUCUGCUAGUUUGUCAUUCAAUAUAGUCAGAAAUCCUUACUUUAUCAGUGCAUUCACUUAUGCGGCAAACAGUUCUAUAUCUGGCUACCUUCCUCCAAGUUAUAAUUUCAUAAGUAUUACAAUGUUGCAAAGAGAGAAAGCCAACAUAUUAAAACUACUCCAACCAAUUAAAGAUACUUGGCCAGAAAAAAAUGUGAGCAUAUUUACAGAUGGUUGGACAGAUGCCCAAAGAAGACCAUUGAUUAACUUUAUGGCAAUUUUGAAUUCUGGACCAAUGUUCUUGAAGGUUAUUGAUGGAACAAGAGAGUACAAAGAUAAACAUUAUAUUGUUACUAUAAUUUUGCGUACAAUUGAAGAGGUUGUUGAUUCAAUUGUCGAAGGAACAUAUCCUCAUAUAGUUUGCAUAGCAUGUGUAGUGCACACGUUGAAUCUAGCUCUAAAAAGUUUAUGUGCACCAAAAAAUACACCAAGUAAAGAAGUUGUUUAUCUUGAGUGUAAAUGGAUAUCUGCUAUUGAUGAAGAUGGUUUUUAUAUUAAAAAAUUUAUUAUGAAUCACUCCAUGAGAUUUGCUAUGUUCAAAGAAUUUGUGCAUUUGAUGUUUCUUUCUAUUUCUAAAACAAGAUUUGCUUCAGUCAUUGUUAUGCUUAAGAGGUUGAAAACCAUUAAGAAUUGUCUCUUAACUUUGGUAAUUAGUGAACAAUGGUCUAAAUAUAGAGAAAAUGUUGUUCAAAAGGCGGCCUUUGUGAAAGAGACAAUCUUAAAUGAUCAACGGUGGGAUAAAAUUGAUUAUAUUCUAAGAUUUACAGAGCCUAUCUAUGAUAUGCUUCGUUCUUGUGAUCCUGACGAGUCAAAUCUUCAUUUGAUUUAUGAGAAGUGGGAUUCUAUGAUUGAGAAAGUCAAAAUAGCAAUAUAUACUCAACAGAGAAGGGAGUUGAGUCAGAAUUCAUCCUUUUAUGAUGUGGUGUAUAAUAUCCUAAUUGCUAGAUGGGCUAAAAGUCACACACCUCUUCAUUGCUUGGCUCAUUCUCUCAAUCCAAGACAAUGGUUUGAUCAAUCUCCAAAUCAAGUUGUCCCACAUAGAGACAAUGAGAUUUGCACAGGAAGAAAAAAAUGCAUAAGGAGUUACUUUGUAGAUGAAUACAAAAGGCUAGAGGCAACUACUGAAUUUGUUAAGUUCUCAAGUGGUGAAGGUGAACUCAAUCAAUUUGAUUCAUUACAAGAUAGGUGGAACUUGACACCAAAGAAAUGGUGGAUCACUUAUGGAUCAGCAGUCCCUAAACUUCAAUCCAUCACAUUGAAACUCCUUUCACAACCAUGUUCUUCUUCUUGUGUUGAGAGAAAUUGGAACACAUAUUCAUUUAUCCACUCAAUGAAAAGAAAUAGGCUAAAUUCAAAGAGAGCUGUAGAUUUAGUUUUUGAUCAUACAAAUCUUCGACUUCUUUCGAGAAAAAGUAAGAAUUAUAAUGAAGUAGAAACAAAAAGAUGA